AUGGAUUCCCAACUGUUAGCCUUGCCGAUGGGAAUUAUUAGCGAGAUAUUGGCUUAUCUUGAUCCUGUCGACUUACAGAUUGUAAUGCUUUCUUCGCAAGCCUUGCGGCAUCUCUCUGCAAUACGAUUAUACCGACAUGUCCGCCAUGAGUUUCUUGAAAUUCCUGGAGAUAAUAGAGAAUCACCGAUUCCUGUAGACAAGCUCGCCGGCAUCUUGGAAACUUUGACGACCAGCGAUUUCAACUACGCUGCUUUCGUUAAAGAAAUAGCCUUAGAUGCCGCUCACACCAGCCCGUCAAGCUGGACCAGAAUACAAAGCAAGAUUGCCUACCACUUUAAAUAUGACUUACUAUGUGGAAGGUUCUUGAACUCUCUGCUUCUCGCAGCUAUCAAGCGCAUGACUGCUCUAGAAUCCCUUCGUUGGGAUAUCAAGGUACAGCUAAACCCAUCUAUAUUUGCUGUUCUCGGAAAGUCUUCUAGCUUGAAAAAAUUGCAGAUUCGAAUGCAUUCCGGCAGAUCUAUUGCUUCUCAAAGUACCCCCUCCCCCGCUCCGUCGUCGACCUGGCCACCAGAAUCCCAAUCUACGCAACACCUACCGCCUAGCAUGCUAGUACAUAGUCAUGGAACUUUACCUUCUCCGUCUGUUUCUGGUCUGCCUACUCAAAACCGCAUUGUUAAGUCUACCAAUUUUGGAUCACCAGCACGUACAUUUUCUCAUUUUAAAGGGCUCAAGAGUCUAGCAGUGCUCGAUAUGGAUUCUCUUGAAUACAUAUCUGAAAUUUCUGAGUGUAUUUCGGCGUCAGCAACCAGCCUCAAGUUCUUGCGGCUAUCAUUUUCGGAGAAACUAGCUUUAAAAUCCCGAAAGAGCACAGUGUUUGACCCUUCUGACUCAGAAUCUGACACACAGGGGGAAGACGAGCUAGACUGGGCGGGUUACAGCGGAACACACUAUCCAAAUCUACCAUCGCCCGUUAGCUAUCUAUUAAACACGACAAUUACCACUUCAACUUCUAAUAAUGCCGUUAAUGGUCGAAGUGAAAGGCUCGCUCAGGAAACUGUUCUUUCAAUAUUGUUCGGCCUAGAGAGGAAAGAAAUGAAACCUCAGCAGCAACUUUUUCAGAUGAUGGAGAAUCGUAUCAAGGCUGAGCAGCAACAUGGUACUCGCCUUAACUACCUUGAUGAUGAUAAAAUUGAUGCUAUGUCAAGGGACCUACGCCGUAUUCUUUAUUCACUACGUCAAGUUGGAGCAGACAGCAAAAGAAAAGAUGCUGAACAGAUAGCUGAUAAAUUCAGGGAAGCAGCCGACACGUUCUCACAAGUAGCUGCAGAAAUUGCCAACGCCCAUGAGGGCUCUUCGGAUAUCCAGGCAAAAGGCGCCUCCGGCCUAGAGACCGAUCUGGUCCCGAAAAUCGCAGCAGGCGUUCAAAAUUCCGAUGAAGGAAUUAUCCAAAGUGUAUCUGGUGAGGAAUAUAACAUAGCUUCUAACUCAAGCAGCUCAUCUAUAGAACCAAACCCAAGCCAUUCAGCAAAUAGUCAUCCUGAACAACCUGAAACUCUUUUGCGUCCUGUCAAGAGCGAAGUGGAGAAACAGCUUAUAGAUCUUGUGGACAUGGAGCACCCAGACACUCUAAGCGAGGGGGAUGAUCAAGAGUUUCUCGAAUGCGACGAACGCCGAACUCAAAAUCAUGCACUACAGCAGCCUCGCAUGCCCGGAAAAGAUAAACAGCCGAUUCGUGGCUCUGGAGCUGGAGACACGAGUAAUGCCCUCGAAAACCGAGAAAAUACAGAAAUAGAUAUUGAAAAACUGCCACUUGAGCAGGCAAUCCAAGAAUAUAUUCGACAGCAUCACGGGAUUUCUUUGGAAGAGCUUUCAGUGAAGCUGAUUACUCUAAAACCCUCUGUGAUUUGCCAAGCGGUAAACGUCUGGUCACUGAAGCACAUUUGUCUCCUAGAUGUUGGUCCUCAAAAAGCAUUCUGGGUAAUGUUAACAGCAUUGAAUAAAUUGCAUCCUCUUAAUAUGACUUCUAUCCAUUCCGACGAUACAGGCGAUUCGCUGUUGCAUUUUUUGAACUCUCUUGCGCUCGUGGACGAAGUAUUUUUAAUUGAACCAAAUUCCCGUACUUUUCCUGGUCCUACAAGAUCGGAGUCUCUUAUCGACAUUGAUGACAUUCGUGAAAUGAUCUUGGAGAAGCACAUCAAGAAUUUGAAACGACUCAUGAUCCGAAAUGAUAUAGGUUCACAAUGGAAUCUAGAUAGGCGCACAGCAAGGCUUAUUGCAAAAUCAGGCACCAAACUUCUAGAACUGGUUGUGGCUGUGGACUCUUCUAUAUUUCAUUUCAUGAUGCAUUACGUUCAGUUUCUGCGCUCCCUUGUUGCCCUACACGUCUUAUUCUCCAAUGACGAGUUCUGUACCUCCCUAUUGAACGAAAUACGCCUGUGCGCUAUCGACAAUAUUCUUCAUUUUCCAGCACUCAAUAUCCAGUAUAUUGCUGUGAGCCACGCUUCCAAUGGCCCCGUAGGUACGAAAGCGUGUCAGAUUGUCAAAAAUGUUGCAAAGCUGGAACAGGGUUUCAAUAUUGACAAUACCAUAUCGCCAUUAUCGGAAGUCUUAUUAGACUCAGCUCAAAAUAGUAAGAAAGAGCAGCAUGGGUUAAGUGAAAGCUCGUUAAACCCCGCUCCUUCGGUCGACGAAAGUGAGGAGGAUACACCUAUUACGACACCACAAACCCUGACCAUCACUUCAAUAGACCUGCAUAAUAUUAUCGGUGUCAAGAUUUGGGAAAAGAAAUUUUACUACUCCACUCUAUGA